AAUGCCCCACGCUGCUGGGACGUCAUCCAGCCCCUGCUCUGCGCCGUCUACAUGCCCAAGUGCGAGGACGGCCAGGUGGAGCUGCCCAGCCAGACCCUCUGCCAGGCCACCCGUGCGCCCUGUACCAUCGUGGAGCGUGAGCGUGGCUGGCCCGACUUCCUCAAGUGCACGCCUGACCGCUUCCCUGAGGGAUGCCCGAAUGAGGUGCAGAACAUCAAGUUCAACAGCUCGGGGCAGUGCGAGGCGCCGCUGGUGCGGACGGACAACCCCAAGAGUUGGUACGAGGAUGUGGAGGGUUGUGGCAUCCAGUGCCAGAAUCCGCUUUUCACCGAGAAGGAGCACCGUGAGAUGCACGUCUACAUUGCUGCCUUCAGCUCCGUCACCAUCUUCUGUACCUUCUUCACCCUGGCCACAUUCGUUGCCGACUGGAGGAACUCCAACCGUUACCCCGCUGUCAUCCUCUUCUACGUCAACGCCUGCUUCUUCGUGGGCAGCAUCGGCUGGUUGGCACAGUUCAUGGAUGGCGCCCGUGACGAGAUCGUGUGCCGGGCCGAUGGCACCAUGCGGCUGGGGGAACCCACCUCCAAUGAGACACUCUCCUGUGUCAUCAUCUUCGUCAUCGUCUACUACUCGCUGAUGUCGGGUGUCAUCUGGUUCGUCAUGCUGACCUACGCCUGGCACACCUCCUUCAAGGCGCUGGGUACUACCUACCAGCCACUGCUGGGCAAGACUUCCUACUUCCACCUCAUCACCUGGUCCAUCCCCUUCGUCCUCACUGUAGCCAUCCUGGCUGUGGCGCAGGUGGAUGGUGACUCCGUCAGCGGCAUCUGCUUCGUGGGGUACAAGAACUACCGCUACCGGGCUGGCUUUGUCCUGGCUCCCAUUGGGCUCGUCCUCAUCGUGGGGGGCUAUUUCCUCAUCCGGGGUGUCAUGACGCUCUUCUCCAUCAAGAGCAACCACCCCGGGCUGCUGAGUGAGAAGGCGGCCAGCAAGAUCAACGAGACCAUGCUGCGGCUGGGCAUCUUCGGCUUCUUGGCCUUCGGCUUCGUCUUCAUCACUUUUGGCUGCCACUUCUAUGACUUCUUCAACCAGGCGGAGUGGGAGCGCAGCUUUCGGGAAUACGUCCUGUGCGAGGCCAACGUGACCAUUGCCACGCAGACCAACAAGCCCAUCCCGGACUGCGAGAUCAAGAACCGGCCGAGCUUGCUGGUGGAGAAGAUCAACCUCUUCGCCAUGUUCGGCACUGGGGUCUCCAUGAGCACCUGGGUCUGGACCAAGGCCACCCUGCUCAUCUGGAAGCGCACCUGGUGCAGGCUGACGGGGCAGAGUGACGACCAGCCCAAGAGGAUCAAGAAGAGCAAGAUGAUCGCGAAGGCCUUCUCCAAGCGCAAGGAGCUGCUGCGUGACCCGGGCCAGGAGUUGUCCUUCAGCAUGCACACUGUCUCGCACGACGGCCCCGUGGCCGGUUUAGCAUUCGACAUCAACGAGCCGUCGGCCGACGUGUCCUCAGCGUGGGCCCAGCAUGUCACCAAGAUGGUGGCCAGGAGAGGAGCUAUUCUUCCCCAGGACAUCUCUGUGACACCCGUGGCGACGCCUGUGCCGCCAGAGGAGAGGGCCAAUCUCUGGGUGGUGGAGGCUGACGUCUCCCCCGAGCUGCAGAAGCGCAGCAGCCGCAAGAAGAAGCGGAGGAAGAAGAAGAAGGAGGUGUGCCCAGGCACCGAGCACUGCCUGGGGGGUUCUGCAGCCCCCCUGGCCCCCAGCGCCGUCCCUCGCCUGCCCCGGCUGCCCCCCCAGCCCUGCCUGGUUGCCUUCGCCCCUGACAUCCUCCCAGGGCUCCCGCCCGGCCAGUCUGAAGCCACCUUCACUGGGGGGCCGUGGGAUGGCUGCCGCAGACCCAAUGUCUUCCACCUCAUCAGCAACCCUUUCUGCCCCGAGAGCGGGUCCCCCGACGAGGAGAGCCCCGGCCCCAGCAGCGGGUGCCGGCAGCACAACGGGGGUCCGCUCUGGCCCCCUGACCCCGGCACCCUGCCCAGGACUCAGGGCCGACGGGCCGGCUUGGCCCCCAUCCACUCUCGGACCAACCUGGUGGACGCGGAGCUGCUGGACGCUGAUUCAGACUUUUAA